AUGUUGAAAUCAGAAGUAAUUCGUGUUUCUGGUCCAUCAACAUCAUCUCGUCGUCGUUCAUCAUCAGAUUCGCCUCGUUAUGAUAAAUCUUCAAAACGAGAUCGUCGAACUCCCACUCCAUCAUCAGAAUCAGAAAGCGAUGAUGAACAUGAAGACCGAAGAGAAAAAGGUGAUGCAGAAGAAGGUGAAGUACGAUCAAAACAAAUUCCUAAAUCAAAUCCAACAUCUACUGCACCACCACGUACUGGCGGUUUAUAUAUGCCACCAGCUAAACUUCGUCUCUUACAAGCAUCCUUAACUAAUAAACAAACACCUGAAUAUCAACGUAUAGCAUGGGAAGCUCUAAAGAAAACUAUAAAUGGUCGUGUUAACAAAGUUAAUAUAUCGAAUUUACCAUUAAUUAUUCGUGAAUUAUUCAAAGAUAAUAUUGUUCGUGGUCGUGGUUUACUAUCCCGUGGUAUUAUUCAAGCACAAACUGCCUCACCAUUUUAUACACAUGUCUAUGCUGCAUUGGUAUCUGUUAUCAAUACAAAAUUUCCACAAAUUGGUGAAUUAAUUGUUAAACGUCUUAUAUCAUCAUUUCGUCGAACAUAUCAACGAAAUGAUAAAAGUAAUUGUUUAGCAACAACAAGAUUUAUUGCACAUUUGGUCAAUCAAAAUGUUUUACAUGAAAUAGUUUCUUUACAAAUGCUUGUACUUUUACUUGAAAAUCCAUCGGAUGAUAGUGUUGAAUUAGCUAUUGGCUUUAUAAAAGAAUGUGGACAAAAAUUAUCUCAAGUUAGUCCACGAGGAUUAGAUUCAGUAUUUUCAACAUUAAGAAAUUUACUUCAUGAAUCAUCAUUAGAUAAACGUACACAAUAUAUGAUUGAAGUUUUAUUUGCUGUACGAAAAGAUCAAUUUAAAGCGAAUCCAGCUGUUCAACCUGGUUUAGAUUUAGUUGAUGAAAAUGAUCAAUAUACACAUAUGCUUACAUUAGAUGAUCCCUGUGAACCCGAACCAAUGCUUGAUGUAUUUAAAUAUGAUGAACAAUACGAAGAAAAUGAAGAAAAAUAUAAAGAAAUUCGAAAGACUAUUCUUGAUGAAAGCAGUGAUGAUGAAUCAAGUUCUGGUUCAUCAGAUAGUGAUGAUGAUGAAGAUGACAAAAAAGAUGAUGCUGAUGAAGAAGAACAAGCAGUUGAUCCAGCUGAAAAAGAAAAACAACAAACAAUUAUCGAUCAAACUGAAACAAAUUUAGUUACACUUCGUCGUACAAUCUAUUUAACAAUUCAAUCAAGUAUUGGUGCUGAAGAAUGUGCACAUAAAUUACUUAAAAUGAAUUUACGUCCUGGUCAAGAAAUGGAAUUGUGUCAAAUGAUUCUUGAUAGUUGUGCCCAACAACGUACAUAUGAACGUUUUUUUGGUUUACUUGCUCAACGAUUUUGUUUAUUAAAAAAAGAAUAUGUUGAAUGUUUUGAAAAAGUAUUUCAAGAUCAAUAUGAAAUUGUUCAUCGUCUUGAAAAUGUUAAAUUAAGAAAUGUCGCAAAAUUUUUUGCACAUUUACUUGUAACUGAUGCUAUUUCAUGGGGUGUUCUUCGUUGUAUAAGUUUAACAGAAGAAGAUACAACAUCGUCAUCACGUGUUUAUAUAAAAAAUUUAUUUUUAGAAUUAUGUGAAUUUCUUGGUUUAACUAAACUUAAUAAUCGAUUAACUGAUCCAACAUUAACAGAAUAUUUUGAAGGACUUUUUCCACGUGAUAAUCCAAAAAAUACUCGAUUUUCAAUCAAUUUUUUUACAUCAAUUGGUCUUGGUGGACUAACAGAUGAAUUACGAGAAUUUUUACGAGUAAAUCCAAUACCGGCUCCAGUUGCACCACCACCAGCAGCAAUAUCUAUUAAAAAAGAACAAAAUGAAGAUGCAGAUGAUUAUAAAGACAAAGAUCGUAUACAAACACGUCUUCGUGAACUUCAAAUGGAACAACAACAAACAAAGAAACAGAAGGAUACUAAAAACAAGAAAAAAACUAGAAAUCGUUCAUCUUCAUCAUCAUCGUCAACUUCAUCAGGCUCAUCAGCUUCGUCGUCAUCAUCGUCGACAUCAUCUUCAGGUUCUGCAUCACCUGCACCACCGCCACCUCCACCACCAGCGUCAUCUCGUACACGCCGUGAUGAACGUGAUCGACAUAAUGAAAACAGUAAAAAUGAUCGUCGACAACAAGAUCAACGACCUGCUUAUGAUGAUCGUCGUAAUGGAAAUCGAAAAGAUGAACGUCGUGAACGUGAUCGUCGAUCACCAAGUCCUUAUCGUCGAAGUGAACCUAAAAAAGAUGAACGUCGUCAACGAGAAAAACGAUCCCCAUCUCCUGAUCGACGUCCUCAUUCGAAUAAAUCAUCAAAACGUUAA